AUGGCUCGAACGUCGCUCAUUGCGGCGGCGCUGGGCGUCCUCGUGGCCCUCCCGGCCGCCAUAUAUCAGCUGGAGAUACACACAUCCGUCAUCUACCUCAAGGGGAUCGGGCACACUUUCGAGCCGCUCAGCGCGUUCCCCUACAAGUGUCGGCGCAUCGAGCACCCGCGCCUGCAGGCAUGCGAGGACAUGUGGCUGUCCGAGGCGACACGGCAGCUGUUCCUUGCGUGCUCGGAUUCGUCACAAAGGCAGCACUGGAUGCCGACCAUGGGCCGCUUCAAUGUCUCGGCCCGCUCCGUCCAGGACGCCAUAGUGGCCGUCGACAUUGACGAGCACACCAGCUCUGGCUCCACGUUCCCCGUACGCGUGCUCGCCACACCCAAUUACGCCGGCAUACCCGGCGACGAGGGACGGAUGUACCCGCUCAGCCUGUCGGGUGUAGAUGACGCCGACGGGUCCGUCCGGCUCUGGGUCGUCAACUCGUCGCCGUCGGCCGACCACACCACGGGGAAGCUGCUCGACCAGGCCAAAGUAGGCGGGAACCUGACCGUCGAGGUGUUCCGCACGGGGCCGAAGAGCGAGUCGCUCGACCACAUCUACACCUUUUCGCACUCGGGCCUGGUGACGCCGAACCGUGUCGCGCCGGUCGGGGACGAGACGAAUGACUUCUGGUUCACCAACGACCACGGCAAGUACAAGACCGGGCUGAAAAACGCCCUCAGCGGUCCUCUCGGCUGGGGCGACGUAUCCCACUGCACCGAGAGCACAUGCCGGACCAUCAUCCCGGGGCACAAGUUCCCCAACGGCAUCGCGCACAACCGCGGCCCCAGGGGCGACGGCCUCGUCUACGUGCCCAGCUCCCUCCUCGGCCGGGUGUACGUGUACAAGCCCGUGACAAUGACGACCAGUAGCGACACCGCCACCACGGCUGCCAAGGGCGACCUGGAGCUCGUCGCGACCCUCGAGGCGGGCUUCUCGCUCGACAACAUCACCCCGGACCGCGAGGGGGACCUGUACAUCGCCGCGUUCCCCCGGACGGCAGACCUGCUCGCCGCUUACGAGGACCCGUACCACAGCUUCCCUGCGACCGCGGCCGUACGGAUCCGCCACCGCCGGAAGACGACGCACGGACGCGCGGCGGCGGGCCAGCAGGAGGAGCAGCGGCAGGAGUUUGAAGUUACAAAGAUCAUCGAGGACGGCAAGGGCGGAGAGGCCGAGGUGCUGCCCGGGUCGACGAGCGUGCUGCACGACGCCGCCACCGGGAGGCUGUUUUUCAGCAGUGUAAUCUCGCCGUUCAUCGGCGUCUGUGAGCCGAUCGCAUGA